CAGUAUGUCCCAAUGGAGUCAAGUUCAACAACUGGAAAUAAAGUUUUUGGAGCAGGUAGACCAGUUCUAUGAUGACAACUUCCCCAUGGAAAUCCGCCAUCUACUAGCACAAUGGAUAGAAAGCCAAGAUUGGGAGGCUGCAUCCAACAAUGAAGCAAUGGCAAUGAUCCUUUUACAGAACUUACUAAUACAAGUGGAUGAACAGCUGGACCGGGUUUCACAGGAGAAGAAUCUUCUCUUGAUACACAACCUGAAGAGAAUCAGGAAGCUGCUGCAGGGCAAAUAUCAUGGUAAUCCCAUGCAUAUAGCAGUGAUCAUCUCAAACUGUUUAAGAGAAGAAAGAAGAAUAUUGGCUGCAGCUAGCAUGCCUGUACAGGGGCCGCUGGAAAAGUCUCUGCAGAACUCUGUGGUUUCAGAACGACAAAGAAAUGUAGAGCACAAGGUGUCAGCCAUCAAGAACAGUGCUCAGAUGACUGACCAAGAUGUCAAAUACUUGGAAGACUUGCAAGAGGAAUUUGACUUCAGGUAUAAAACAAUACAAAGCUUAGAGCAGAGUGACAAAAACAGCGUCCUCAUUAAACAGGAAAUGUUGGCAUUGCAGGCGAUGCUCAAUACUUUAGACUACAAGAGAAAGGAAGUACUCAGUAAAGUAGGGCGUGUGAUUCAUGAAAUCGAUGUGCUUAUGAGCAACAUGCUGACUGAAGAGCUGCUGGACUGGAAGAGGCGGCAGCAGAUUGCCUGCAUUGGGGGUCCCCUCCAUGGAGGGCUUGAUCAGCUCCAGAACUGUUUUACGCUGUUGGCAGAGAGUCUCUUUCAAGUAAGAAGGCAGCUAGAAAAACUGGAUGAACUGUUGACCAGAUUGACUUACGAUGGGGACCCCAUCCCAGUGCAAAGACCUCAGCUGCUGGAGAAAGUCAACUUUCUGCUCUACAAUCUGUUCCGGAAUUCAUUCGUGGUUGAAAGGCAGCCCUGCAUGCCAACACAUCCCCAGAGACCAAUGGUUCUUAAAACUUUAAUACAGUUCACUGUUAAGUUAAGGUUGCUAAUUAAAUUGCCAGAGCUGAACUACCAAAUCAGAGUGAAAGCAACAAUUGACAAGAAUGUUUCAACUGUAAGUAACCGGAGAUUCAUCCUGUGUGGCACACACAUGAAAGCAAUGAACAUGGAUGAAUCUGCCAAUGGAAGCCUGUCAGUAGAAUUCAGACAUUUGCAACCCAAAGAAAUGAAAUCGAGUGCUGGAAGCAAAGGAAAUGAGGGCCCUCACAUGGUGACUGAGGAACUGCACUCCAUCAGCUUUGAAACACAGGUCUGCCUGUAUGGAUUGACUAUAAAUUUGGAAACCAGCUCUUUGCCUGUGGUGAUGAUUUCCAAUGUCAGCCAACUACCCAACGCAUGGGCUUCUAUUAUUUGGUACAAUCUGUCAACCAAUGAUCCUCAGAAUUUGUCUUUCUUCAACAAUCCCCCUGCUGCCCCUUUAAGUCAGCUCUUAGAAGUACUGAGCUGGCAAUUUUCAUCCUAUGUUGGUCGUGGACUCAAUUCUGAGCAGCUCAACAUGCUGGCAGAGAAACUUACAGGACAACAAGUCAGUUACAACGAUUAUCAACUAUCCUGGGCAAAGUUCUGUAAGGAGCAUUUGCCUGGAAAGUCUUUUACCUUUUGGGUUUGGCUGGAAGCUAUCCUGGACUUAAUUAAAAAACACAUUCUUCCUCUUUGGAUUGAUGGGUACGUAAUGGGAUUUGUAAGCAAAGAGAAGGAACGAAUCUUGCUCAAAGACAAGACACCAGGAACAUUUUUAUUAAGGUUUAGUGAAAGCAAUCUGGGUGGAAUUACCUUUACUUGGGUGGAUCAGUUAGAAAAUGGAGAUGUAACCUUCCAUUCGGUGGAGCCCUAUAACAAAGGUCGCCUAUCUGCACUGCCUUUUGCCGACAUACUGCGUGAUUACAAAGUUAUUAUGGCAGACAACGUUCCUGAAAACCCUCUGAAGUAUCUGUAUCCAGACAUUCCCAAAGAUAAGGCCUUUGGCAAACACUACAGCUGUCAGCCAAAUGAAGUCUCAAAGCCCUCAGAGGGAGGAGGCAAAGGUUAUGUUCCUGCUGUGUUUAUCCCAGUCUCCAAAAUCUUAAAUGAUUCUUCAGAUCCACAUUCUCCAUCAGAUCUUCUUCCCAUGUCUCCAAGUGUUUAUGCUGUGCUGAGAGAACACCUGAGUCCCACAGUGAUCGAAACAGCCCUGAGUUCUCCUUACUCAACUGACUGAAGUUCACAUACUGGAAAAAUUAGCAAUUGUGUGAAUACUGGAUGGGUUAAAGAUGCAGUAAUA